AUUUCAGCAAUUCAGCAAUUCCUACCAAGAAAAUGCUUACGUACGUGAUGCAGAAAUCGUGUUAUUUGGGUCACUCAAAGCCCCAUUCGACAGCACCGCGAUCGCUCUAAUGAGAAUAGAACACAUACGUAUCUCAAUACGCAAUCCCUUAGCUGACAGUCCCGUCGCAUUCCUACAUACUUAAACAUUCCACCUACAUUUUAAUUCUUUUAAAACAAGACUUGCAUGGUUGGUAGUCGUCGAGAAACCUCAUGAUCUAUCCGCUUUGUUCACUCCACCGAGAACGGGGCUGAAGGAGACGGCUGUCGUUGAUCGAGAAUGUCAUAACCUCUUUGGAAAAGAAAACCAACCAGUCGCUCCCUCGCUCAAUUCCUUUUGUCCUGUAUAAAUACUCUUCCCUACUUGGAAGGGGACCUGUCGUUUCUAGAUGCUCAUCAGCAAGCGCCGCUUUAGGCGUAACUAUCUACGCCCGAUCCUUUUCGUCUUACUCUUCGUCUUCGCUAUCGACGCCAUUCUCCUUAUCCGCCGCCGACCCGAUACCUACCGCACACACCCGAGUGUCGACCGACGAUCCUCCUUUUCUCCCUCGGGGAAUACCAGCGUCUUCAUCGCGUCGGUCCAUCGUAACACAGAACUGAUUCAGAAGUCAGCAUGGAACCAAGCAGUGCUCGAUCUAGUCGAUUACUUCGGCGCAGAAAACGUCCACAUAUCGGCGAUCGAAUCCGGGUCACAAGAUGAGACGAAAGAGGCGCUGAUGGAUUUGAAAGCAGCUCUAGACCAGAGAUCCACUUCAAAUACCAUUAGUCUGGGAAUGACGGUAUGGGAGCAAUUGGAAGAAAUUGAUACGAGACCGCCGCCAGGUGCGCGGGAACCUGGAUGGAUUUGGAAUGUUGCCGAAGGUCAAUUCGAGCUGCGCCGCAUACCCUACCUUGCUAAGGUUCGAAACCAGGCUAUGGAACCGCUUAAGCAGCUGGAGAGUGAGGGGAGAAAGUUUGACAAGGUCCUCUGGCUGAACGAUGUUGUGUUUGACACCGAGGACAUUGUUACACUAUUCAAUACUCGCGAUAAUAAGUAUGCGGCUGCAUGCUCCAUGGAUUAUAAGGUCUCGCCGUUGUACUACGAUACAUUUGCUCUACGAGACGAUAUGGGCCUAAAAACCAUUUCCCUAUACUGGCCGUGGUUUCAAUCGCCCAUUGCCAGGGCUUCCGCCGAGCGCAAUGCCCCAAUUCGUGUAACGUCGUGCUGGAAUGGUAUCGUAGCGUUCGAUUCAACGCCUUUCUACGCCAACCCACCACUACAAUUCCGCGGCAUCGACGAUACUCUAGCAGAUUUGCACCUCGAAGGCUCCGAAUGUUGUUUAAUCCACGCCGAUAACUACCUCUCGGCCGAGAAGGGUGUAUGGUUGAAUCCGAACGUGCGCGUUGGUUACAACGUCAAGGCAUACUAUCAAAUACGAACGAACCGCUUCCCCAACCCCUUCUGGACAGUAGUAGGGGCGUGGGUAAACCGGGCUAACAGCUGGCAUGUGGCCCUCCAGAGUCGGUUAGAGAAUCGGGUAGUCCACAGUCGAAUCGAGCAAUGGAAGCUUGAAACUCCGGAUGGGGAUCUACCGCGGUAUGAGCCCGGAGAAGCUUGUCUUAUUAAUGAAAUGCAAAUAAUGUGGUCCAACGGGUGGAAGCAUUUGUAAGGUAUAAAUAAAAGUAAUUGAUUUAAAUAAUGAAAAACACUUAAAACUUUAAA